GUGUGGAUUACAUUGUUUUAACAAGUGUAGACCGUGAUGACCUACCUGAUGGUGGGAGUGGACAUUUUGCUCAGACUGUCAAAGCUAUGAAGAAACUAAAGCCUGAUAUCAUGGUGGAGUGUUUAACUUCUGAUUUUCGAGGUGAUUUAAAAGCUGUAGAAAUAUUGGUGCACUCAGGAUUAGAUGUUUUUGCUCACAACAUAGAGACUGUGAAACGGCUCCAGCGGAUUGUAAGAGAUCCUCGGGCCCGGGCACAGUUUGUCUGGUGAAUUAUCACAUUGGACACCAAGUAGGUAUGAACAGAGCUUAUCAGUUCUAAAACAUGCAAAAAUCAGCAAGCAGGGAAUGAUAACGAAAUCUUCCAUAAUGUUGGGCCUUGGAGAAUCUGAUGAUGAGCUGAAGGAAGCAAUGGCUGAGUUAAGAGCCAUAGAUGUUGAUAUUCUCACACUUGGUCAGUAUUUACAGCCAACUCCAUUGCAUUUGACUGUCAAAGAGUAUGUUACCCCGGAGAAGUUUGCUUUCUGGAAGGAGUACGGGGAAUCUAUAGGAUUCCUAUAUGUAGCGAGUGGUCCCCUGGUUCGAUCCUCAUAUAGGGCGGGGGAGCUCUUUGUUCAGACAAUGGUGAAAGAAAAAGCUAACAGCAUUGCAACGCUAUAGUAGCAACUUUCAUUCGCCGGUUUAGAGCAGUCAUGUUUGUUGUGUGAAGGCAGGUGUAACUUAUUAUCGCCAAUAUUCAUAUCGUGCCUGCAGCAAUGCAUUUUUGGUUCUCACUCUCAUCAAAAAAAUUUCCAAUGUAACAGGCAAAUUUCAGGAUUUUAAGGUUCCAAGUCUUGCUCCUCUUAUUUUGUAUUUGCUUAUGAUUCUUGUUAUUAAUAUCCAUUGUAUGUGGGUAUGUCUAACCUUAACACGAUUUAGUAUAAUUUUUUUAGUGCA